GCUGCUGCCAUAGAAGAUGGCUGAUGCCACCACAGAGUCAAAAAAGAAGAACAUGAUAAAUCCUGAAGGCUUGUGAUGUUGAAGGUUCACUAAUUUUACUCGUUAGGUUGUGUGUGGACAUUUGUUUGCUAAUGUUACCUUUUAGGAAAUCCAAAUCAUAAAAUUCCUUUGCAGCCAGCACAAGUAUUUUCCAGAUCUAGAUCAGUAUGUGAAAGGAAAAUGGCGUGUGGAAAAAUAUUUGUGUUCUAGGCUGUAUUCCUUUUACUAUUUUCUAAAACAUCCAUUCAUCCAUCUGCCAUAGAUUCAUAGUAUAUUUAUGUAUUGAUACUUUAAAAAAUCUUCUAAUUGUAGUGUUUUGAAAUAAGCAAUGUGUAGGAACCCUAGACCAUAAACUCAUUUUCACCGUUUCUGAAAGAAAUAAUUGUAAACUCUAUAUGAGACUGUUGGUUCUGAUCCGACAAACAACAGAUGAGGAUUUAAGACUCGUAUUCCAAAUAAAGGCAUGUAAGAUAUUAAUGAAAGAGUUUGCAAUAUUCUGUUGACAGUAUCACACUGACUUAGUCUUUUCUGACAACCCUCACAAUGCAGUGUGAAGACAGUAAUCUAUACAAUAUUUUGACAUCAAUGAAUGCAAAACAAAUGCAAGAGACAUUAAGAGUACUACCAUUCAAAUUAUACGAUACUAAUGUUUUAGGUCCAGAUAGAUGUUCUGAUGUACAGUGUUCAACUUUCAUCAGAGUGGCGCUUUUCAAUCUUAACAUUGUCCCAACUGACUGACCUAUUUAAUAUUACAUUUAUUUGAACCAUAAGAUAAGAAAUAUCUGUAAAUGUUACCUGUUCACCAUUUAUAUAAAUGGUGAACAGGUAACAGUGUUUGGCUGCAUAUCUACAAUUCACAUACCAGUCACAUAGGCUGUUAAAUCUGGUUUCCUCUCAUUUAACAUUAAUGCAUCGAAGUGUUUGUCGCGUUAGAGGCAUCUGUCUGCACCAACAAUGCCAAAUUUAGCACAAAGCCCUGCCUUAUUUGUAUUUCUUAUGAUACAGUCCUUAUCCAUUACUGUAAGGGCGGGCGGGAUUCGCCUUGUUUGGUUCUGUUCACCGUGGAUGCCUUCAUCAGCCACAACAAUAGCGCUUAUCAACGUGGAUGGGUGGAGGCUGAGGGGCAGCGGGGUUGGUGCGGUCAGUUUAGGACUACUUUGAGCAUCUCCGCUGCUGAACACACGCGGCGCGCACGCGCGGUCCCGCCUGCUCGGCACUUUUUUUGCACGCGCUUUGAUUUGUGGAACAGGUGUGUAUUUUGGUGGAUUUGAGCGCGCCUGCUGUGGGCUGGAGCGCUGCUUGUCCGGGCAUGCGCAGUCCGCCCACACCCCUCCCCCCUCCCUGUAGUUAAGCCAGCACUAUUCCAAAUCUUCCCUCUCUAUAGAUAAACAGACCCUCUAACCCCGCAGCAGCCUCUAAUGUUGCGUUUAAAAACACGUCCCCCUCUCUCUGUGGAAAACACAGCCCCGCAUCUGCUGUCAUUUUUAUUUAAAGCAGAUCAGAAAGUGUGACUGUGAUGCUGCUGUGCUUGGUUUGGGGUUUACACAGACCGAGCUGUAAGUAGGUCGGGCUGGGCUUAAGCGGCUUAACUACGUCAGCCUAAGCUGAGAGGAAUUCAUCCAAAGCCCUCCGCUGGUAGGCGGGGGCCUAAACGAGGCUGGCCUAGUUAAGCCUGAUUCUUAUUGUGUGCAGCACAGCCAGUUUUUAUUGUGCAACGUAGCUGUGAGAGAACACAGGACCAGAGUGUGAAUCCAUGCACUUGUUAGUCAAAGCCAAGGGUUUAUCUGGAGGAGAAGAGAAGGGAAAUGAGACAUGAAUGACUGUUAGGCCAGUGUGUGACCGGGGACCAAGAAAAAAGACAGCAAAGCAGAGUGGGGAGCUACAACUCUGAGAUUGGUUUCAGAAAGACGAAAACAGUUUUAGGCCUGAUUUGGUCCAUCUCAGUGUGCUAUGCUGUAAGAUGGCCUCCAACUCUGUGUUCAUGUCCAGCAUGGUGGGUAAAGCUCGCUCUUCUAACUUCACCCUCUCCGAGAAGCUGGACCUCUUGAAGCUGGUCCGCCCUCACAUCCGCAUCUUGGAGGAGCACACCAACAAGCACGCCGUCAUCGUGGACAAGAACAAGUGCUGGGACACUGUGGCCGAACAGUACAACGCUCUUGGAGGGGACAGACCCCACCGCACCGCCCAGGGCCUCAGGACCCUCUACAAGAGGCUGAAGGAGUCAGCUAAGCAGGAAGUGAUGCAACGGAGACACGCCCAGCCAGAGUACAGAGGGAGCAUCUCUGAGCCGACCAGGAGGAUUAUGGAGAUGAUACCUCACUUGUUUCACCAUGUGCCCAUCCACGAAAAGGACCAAGCACUGCGCAGGUUAAUAUACAACAAGCACAAUUCCCCCAUAGAGCAUCCUGGCAGCAGCUCCUCUCUGGCUGGACUCCAGGAUUAUUCGGCAGCUGUACCAAGUAUUAUUCACGAGGUGGUCCAGCUAGACCCUGACGAGGAUGUAAAACCACCGCCAGACCUCCCUGUCGUCACCUCGCGCGCAGGUCCAGUGCUGGAUGGAUUUCAGGAGCAAGACGGAGAGCAGGACUUGGCCAGUGCCCAUAAUUACGAGGGAUCCUUGUCUCCCACUUCCUCCUCCGUUAACAUCGCCCUCUCUGCCUCGCCGCUGCCUUUAAGCCAUGACGUCUACCAAAAUGACAUCUACCCCCGCCACGAGACGGAUAGGUUUCGUCCUCUGCACCUGGCCAAGGAGGAGCAUGAGCUGGUGUUGGCCAAUCACAGGAAGGUCGCGCUGUACCUGGAGGAGAAGAGAGAGGGUCUGAAGAGGAAGCAGGAACUGGAGGAGGAGCUUUUGAGAGCCAGAAUUAAAGUGGAGAAACUAAAGGCUGCCCGACUGAGACAUGGGCUACCAGUUCCUCUAUAACAAGAAGCAUCAUGCACAUACUGUGGUUUGCAAAUAUAUUCGCACCCCUUUGACUUCUUCUAGUUCCAUUAUCUUCUAUGUAUUUUAUUGGGACUCUAUGCGACAGACCAGCACAAAAAAGGAAAGAAAGUAUGACGACCUCUUUACUUUGAUAACCUUCAAGAAAAUCCAGUCCAUUUUUAAUUGGCCUAUCCCAUAAAAUCCUAGUAAACUACACUUAAACUUGAAGCUGUAACAUGACUAAAUAGGAAAAAUGUAAUUGGGUCUGAAUACUUUUGCAUGACACUGUAUGUGUGUGACAGUGGAUGUGACACUAUGGAGAUUAAAGUGCUUCUGAUGAACAGUGACAUCAGAUGGAUGCUUGAGGGCAUUUCCAGAAAAUGAAUUACUUUUGGAAACGUAGUGCCUCAUACAUACCUACUGUAUGUGGUUAUCCUUUUGUUCUUGCAGGAUAUCCUGCCUCAGUUACUGUUUAUGCUCGUCGCUGAUGAACAUUAAGACUUUUCUGUCAUGCUGUGAUUGCGCAAAGUGAAAUACUUUUUUCCUCUGCAACUGGUAUGUAGCUGUGGGUUUGUCAGGAUAGUCUUUAUUAGCCAAGAUUAUUAGGAUUGCUCUUACAAUAUAAGUGUAAGUGGUAGGACAGUUUGGACAAAUCAUAUUAGUUUAAAAUGUAUAAAAUUGCCCUGUUCGUCUGGUAUUUUAAGAAUUAGGGAGUAAUAAACAUAAAAGCAGUUUAUUUUUUAAGUUCUUGGAAAACUGAACAGUUUUGUAUAUCAGCUUUAAAAAAAUGGGUCACUAAAAGAACAUGUCUAAAAAUGUUUUCUAAAUCAUAAUUGUGUCACAAUUGAGAAACAUGUUCUGAUUAGGUGGUUUAAGGUGAAAAUAAGUAAAACAAAAUGUGAAAGUUGGGGAAUCUCUCCGGGUGCUGAGAUGGAGAUAUAUAUAUAUAUAUAUAUAUAUAUAUAU